AUUCUUCUCAUUUUAGUGUCAUUAAUGAUUCCACAAGGGACAAAGGGGUCUGAUUGGUGGCUCCAAUGCCCAUCCUCUCAUCUAUAAUUAAUCUUGCAAGAGAGAACUUGGUUAAUUUUGUAUUGUGGUCAUUUGUAUCUACCUCCCACCCUCCUGUGAGUUCCUUGAGGGCAAAGGCUGUGUAUGAAUCACUAUUGAAUUUCUAGAGCCCUACAUGGUUUUAGUAGGACCCAUUUUUUCAUUGGUUGAGUGACAUAGAGGGGGUAUAUUUUAAACAGCAGUCUGAAGGCCUGUUAGUGAGAAAGAGCUGGUGAGGUGGGCACAGACUGUUGGAAGUCCACAGCAGACGUUAGCAGGGGAAGAACGCAAUGAAGAGAAUUCAAGAUGCUGUUGUACCAAAGUAAGGGAGUUGGACUACUUCCGUGAUAUUUUUAUGUUCUGGGAUAAUGUGGGAAAGGGGAUCUUCUAACGUUUUGGAUAUCGCCAACAGUAAUUCAUGAACCCUCUUCAGGGUUCCAAGGCUCUCCUGGCAUCCCCCUUCCUCAUGCCUUGAAGCUGAGACGGCCUAAGGAGAAGACAGAGAAAGGAAGUAGAGAGGCUCUACGAGCACGUGAUGGGGAACGCGCGGGUGCCGUCACGUGAUCCGACUCCCCGCCAGUCCUGGUUAUCGAAUGACCUGCGGUUCUUAAAGGGUAACCUGAACUGGAUGCCAUGGGAGGACGUGCCGGCGCUCGGAGGCGCCUUUCAGAUUCCGAGGGGGAGGACACCGCCCCGGAGCCCCAGACCCCUCUGUUAGACCGUCAAGGCACCCAUUGGAAGAACGCCGUGGGCUUCUGGCUGCUGGGCCUUUGCAACAACUUCUCUUAUGUGGUGAUGCUAAGCGCUGCCCAUGACAUCCUUAGCCAGGAAAGGUCACCUGGGAAUCAGAGCCAUGUGCACCCAAGCCCAGCACCCAUCCCCCACAAUAGCUCAUCUCGAUUUGACUGCAACCCUGUCUCCACAGCUGCGGUGCUCCUGGCAGACAUCCUUCCCACCUUCGUCAUCAAAUUAGUGGCUCCUCUUGGCCUACAUCUGCUGCCCUACAGCCCUCGGGUUCUCGUGAGUGGGCUUUCUGCUGCCGGGAGCUUCAUCCUGGUUGCCUUUUCUCAUUCAGUGGGGACCAGCUUGUGUGGUGUAGUCUUGGCUAGCAUCUCCUCAGGCCUGGGGGAGGUCACCUUCCUCUCACUCACUGCCUUCUAUCCCAGGGCUGUGAUCUCCUGGUGGUCCUCAGGUACUGGAGGCGCAGGGCUGCUGGGGGCACUGUCCUAUCUGGGCCUCACCCAGGUUGGCCUCUCCCCCCGGCACACCCUGCUGUCCAUGCUGGGUAUUCCCAUCCUGCUGCUGGCCAGCUAUUUCUUGCUGCUCACAUCUCCUGAGCCCCAGGACCCUGGAGGGGAAGAAGAGGCAGAGACAGCAGCUCGGCAGCCCCUGAUAGGCACCGAGGCCCCAGAGUUGAAGACAGGCUCCAGCUCGGGCCUCUCCCUUCAGGAAAGGUGGACUGUGUUCAAGAGCCUGCUCAAAUACGUCGUCCCCUUGGUCCUGGUUUACUUUGCUGAAUAUUUCAUCAACCAGGGACUUUUCGAGCUCCUCUUUUUCCGGAAUAUAUCCCUGAAUCACGCUCAGCAGUACCGCUGGUACCAGAUGCUGUACCAGGCUGGUGUCUUUGCCUCCCGCUCUUCCCUCUCCUGCUGUCGCAUCCGUUACAUCUGGGCCCUGGCAGUGCUGCAGUGCUUCAACCUGGCCUUCCUGCUGGCGGACAUGUGGUUCAGCUUUCUACCCAGCAUCUACCUCGUUUUCCUGAUCAUUCUGUAUGAGGGGUUCCUGGGGGGUGCAGCCUACGUAAACACCUUCCACAACAUUGCCCUGGAGACCAGUGAUGAACACCGGGAAUUUGCCAUGGAAGCUGCCUGUAUCUCCGACACCUUAGGGAUCUCCCUGUCGGGGCUCUUGGCCUUGCCUCUACACAACUUCCUCUGCCAUCUCUCCUGACACUCCGGCUGCUCAGGGUGCAGGAAAUGCUGGCCUGUGGGCAGGUGGGCAGGUCAGACACCCAGGUCCACCCACAGCCCAUCCAUGACCUCUGCUCCCGGCCUUCCCUGCAGACUGGGGGUGGGGCAGUACUAAGACCUGAUUCCCGUAAGCAGUGGCAGCCAUUAUCUCCCACUCCCAAGCUGGUCUCGGGGAGUUUCUUCCUGGCAUCAUGCCCACUGAGUAAAUGCCUAUUUUAUCAAUUGA